GUCACAAUGCGGUGCUCUUGGAAAGUUGUCAUUCUGAUGGCGGUGGUCUCUAUUAUAGUCAUCCAGUAUGCUGUAAUCAGAUCAUUCAGAACUAUGACACAUGACAUAUGUCCCUUUCUACACCCUGCAAAACACUGCCAACAACAGACCAUCUUGAAUCGUCACUGGCCAGAAGAGAACCCUCAUACUUUGAACUUAUCUGGGAAGACCCACGUUCUCAUCUUGGCUGCCACACGUUCUGGCUCAUCAUUUCUGGGGCAGCUCUUCAACCAUCACUCCGAUGUCUUCUAUUUGUAUGAACCUCUGAACCACAUUCAGACUGCGCUGAACUCUACACAUGCCAACCGAAGGAUGAUACUCGGGGCCAGUAGGGAUCUUCUAAGGGGCUUGUUCCGCUGUGACCUGCACCUCUUGGAGGAUUACAUCAGGCCACAGCCAGAGAAGCACAUCACAGACCAGCUGAAGCGCCGGGGUGCCAGCAAAGCCCUCUGCUCUCCUCCGGUGUGCCACGUCUUCAGCCCUCAGCUGGUGAAUGUGACUGAGAGCCAGUGUGUCCAGAAGUGUGGCUCCCUCAAUCUCACCCUGGCCUCACAGUCCUGCCAGCAGAGAGGGCACGUUGUCAUCAAGACAGUGCGAGUGCCAGAGGUCAGUGAUGUCAGAGACCUGCUGGAGGACCCUCGACUCAACCUGAAGGUCAUCCAGCUGGUCAGGGACCCGCGGGGAGUACUGGCUUCCAGAAUGAUGACCUUCCCCCAGAACUACCCUCUGAUGAGACUGUGGAAGAUGAAGCACCAGAAACCGGAGGGUCUCAACCUCACACAGAAGGCCGUGUGUGAGGACUACCGCAGAUCUGUGGCCACGGCCCUGAGACAACCUGACUGGCUGAGGGGAAGGUACAUGCUGGUGAGGUAUGAGGAUCUAGCCACCAACACUCUUCAGAAGAUCCAGGAGAUUUUCAAAACCCUGGGAUUGUCUUUUGAUGAGAACAUUAUGGACUGGAUUGAGACGAACACAGAAGGAAAAGGGGAUUGGUCACCCAUGGAUGCGUAUGGCACCAAAAGACAUUCUGCCACUAAUUCAGAGAGCUGGAGGUUUAAGAUGUCUUUUGACAUGGUUCAAUACGUCCAAACCUUGUGUGAAACCACUUUACAUCAGCUGGGAUACAAAAUAGUCAAAUCAUUUGAAGAACUGGAGAAUGUUUCUCUCUCGCUUGUUGAGGACAGAACAUGGAGACCUUUUCAGUGA